AUGAACCGCCAUAUCGUUGUAUUGGGUGGUGGUCUUUCUGGACUUUCAUCCGCUUUCCACCUUUCGCGUCGCUAUCCUGAAGCACUGAUUACCUUGGUGGAAAAAACGCAUCGGCUUGGAGGAUGGAUCUCCAGUGAGAGGGUUCAAGUUCGCGACGGAAGCGGUCAUACUGCUGACAUUCUACUGGAAUCUGGUCCUCGAACGCUAAGACCGAACGCGAAAUCAGUACUGGAACUGGUGCGCACGAUAAAGAUACAUCUCCUUGGACUCAAAACAUCAAUAAUAACAACGCCAGUUACCUCAUCAGCAACGAAGAACCGAUACCUUCAAAUCCCCGAAACGCAAGGGCUUAUCACUCUACCAAACACUUUGACAUCGGUAUUUUCUCCUCCCAUGCGGACAAUGUUACUUCCGCACGUCUUGAAAGAGCCUGUGAAACGAAGAAAUAGACCCAGCGGUAUAACUGAUGAAUCCGUGGACAGUUUCAUGACCCGCCGUUUUGGUCCUAUUUUUGCUCGCACAUUUGGCAGCGCUUUAGUGCACGGUAUCUAUGCUGCUGAUUCCCGACAACUGAGUGUGCGCGCUGCCUUUCCAUCAUUGUGGGCUAUGGAGGAUCGAGGUUGGGGCAGCGUGGUACGAGGGGCCCUUUUGCCAGAUACUGCAAGUCCCCGAAAAGAUUACGAUGUUGGCGAUAUACCCGACAUUAUGAAGAAUGUUUCAGUGUACUCAUUCACAGACGGUAUAGGCACACUUACGGGCGCGCUAGCAACCCGCCUACAGAAUCAACCCAAUGUGGAAAUACUGUGUGAUACCCCCAUAAGUUCACUUGGAGUGGCGGAGAAUGGUUUAUUGGAGGUCCACCUGGCUAGUGGACAAAAGGUCAACCCCACACACAUCGUAUCCGCUUUGCCGCUUCCUGUGCUCAAUAACCUCUUGUCCCCAACAUCAUCACUUCCUCAUCUUACGGCGAAUCCCUCAUCCUCGGUCGUCGUCCUCAACCUCAUCUUUCCACAAACACAGCCUCGCUUACACCCUGCCGGAUUCGGAUAUCUCAUCCCUCGCCCACCGUCAGGGUACACGCUCGACAACCCCGGCAUCCUUGGAACUGUCUUUGACUCGUAUGCAGGCAAUUUCACGAAAAUGACAGUGAUGAUGGGUGGUCCUAAUCCUAUCACCCCUUCGCAUACCGAUUUGGAUGCUGUCUUGAAGCAGCUCUCCGUUCAUCUCACGGCUCCUGAUGAUUUUCUAAAGGUGCUGCCUGACCCGAUAUACACACGGACCCACCGCCAUGUUGAUUGUAUCCCUACGCCUACACCUGGUCAUUUAGAGCGGAUGGAGGAACUGAAGGUCACCCUGGCAAAGGGUGUUUGGUCCGGUAGACUGGAGGUAAUUGGGGCUGGCGUCAGAGGGGUCAGUUUAGGCGAUUGUGUAGAGUCUGGUAAGAGGGUUGGCGAAAAUUGGAUAUCCUAG